UUAUCUUAAUCAAUAAUGUUUUUGUUUUUCUUCAAUUGCAGAUAUGUCAAUGAUGCAAGGCCUUUCUGGCAAUAUAUAGUCAGUUACUCCACUGGCUGUUCAGAUUCCCAGUACUUUGAAGAACUUUACAACUACUAUAGCACUAACAAGGCUUGGCACCUCUGUGAUCCUGAUGCUGAGAAUGUAUUUAAAGCUCUUAGGAAAGCAGGCGUGAAGUUGGGUGUUGUGUCAAAUUUUGACACUCGGUUAAGACCUUUAAUGCGAUCUCUAAACUGUGACCAUUGGUUUGAUGCUGUGGCAGUUUCAGCUGAAGUUGAAGCAGAGAAGCCAAAUCCAACAAUAUUUCUAAAAGCUUGUGAUUUAUUGGGAGUAAAGCCCGAGGAUGCUGUACAUGUAGGGGAUCACCGUAGGAAUGAUAUAUGGGGUGCUACAGAUGCAGGCUGUGAUGCUUGGCUUUGGGGAAGUGAAGUUCACUCUUUUAAGGAGGACCUAGCAUAUUGAACAGAGACAAAGGCAUGCAAGUUCAUCCUGAAGUGCAAAAAGCCAUUGAAAAGGCAAACGUAAAGUUUCUUCCAGCUGAGGAAGCCAUCAAUUUCAUACCUGGCACCAAAACA